AGCAGAGCCUGGAGAGGCAGUUUUAGUUGGACAUGCUGCUGCUGCUCCUGCUGCUGCUGCUUCUCUGGGGGACAAAGGGUGUGGAGGGUGGGAUCGAGGCCAAGGAGGGUUACACCCUGAGUGUGGAAAGUAAGGUGGUGGUGCAGGAGGGCCUGUGUGUCCUUGUGCCCUGUACCUUCUCCUAUCCCCAGGAGAGGCGGAAUGACUGGACCUACCCAGGCCAAAUUCGUGGAUACUGGUUCCGGCAAGGAGCCGAAACAAACAUUGAUCCCCCCGUGGCCAGAUAUUACCCUGCACGGAAGAGGAUCCAGGAGCGAUUCUUCCUGUCCGGAGACCUACAGAGGAAUGACUGCUCCCUGAACAUCAGAGAGGUCAGAAAGGAGGAUGCGGGGUCAUACUUCUUUCGCCUGGACAGAGGAACUAUAAAGUUUAAUUAUAUUAGGAACAUGAUGACUCUGGAUGUGACAGACCUCACUAACACCCCCCAUAUUCUUCUCCCGGAGACGCUCGAAGCUGGCCAUCCCAGCAACCUGACCUGUUCUGUGCCUUGGGUCUGUGAGUGGAGGGCACACCCCACCUUCUCCUGGACUGGUAUCUCUGUGUCACAUUUGAGCACCAACACCACUGUUUCCUCGGUGCUAACCAUCAUCCCCCAGCCCCAGGACCAUGGCACCAACCUCACUUGUCAGGUGACCCUGCCUGGAGCUGGUGUGACCUCAAGAGUGACCAUCCGUCUCAACGUGUCAUAUGCGCCAAAGAAUCUGACUGUGACUGUCUAUCAAGGAGCUGACUCAGUGUCCACAAUCCUGGAGAGCGGAUCAUCUCUUCCUAUCUCCGAGGGGCAGGCACUGCGUCUCAUCUGCAGCACUGACAGCUAUCCCCCUGCAAACCUAAGUUGGUCCUGGAACAACCUGACUCUGUGCCCAUCCAAGUUGUCCAAACCCGGCUUCCUGGAGCUGUUUCCAGUGCAUCUUAAGCACGGAGGAGUGUACACCUGCCAGGCUCAGCAUGCCCUGGGCUCCCAACACAUUUCCCUGAGCCUGUCUCCACAGAGCAGCGCAACUUUAUCUGAAAUGAUGACGGGGACCUUUGUGGGUGCAGGUGUCACAGCCGUCCUUUUCCUGUCUUUCUGUAUCAUCCUCCUGGCAGUAAGAUCCUACAGGAGGAAACCAGCCAGACCAACUGUGGUAGCGCCGAAUCCAAAUACCCUCAAGGCCUCAGUUUCUAAGAAUCCCCUGGUUGAAUCCCAGGCAGAGGACAGCUCUGAGCCCCUGCCUUCCGUAGUUGAGGCAGCCCUCUCCUUCACAGAGGAAGAGGGAGACGACAGCUCCGAGCCCCUGCCUUCCGUAGUUGAGGCGGCCCUCUCCUCCACAGAGGAAGAGAUACAUUAUGCCUCCCUCAGUUUUCACGAAAUGAAGCCGUGGAACCCAUGGGGGCAGCAGGACACUACCACAGAGUACUCAGAGAUAAAGUUCCACAAAUGACCGCAUCGCCAUGACCAUGCCUGGAGGGAGCAUGGCGGCCACGGGAGGCUGGCUCUGGAGAAGGAAAAAGCUGCCUAGGUGGACGAUGCACGGGGCUUCAGCGCCAUUCCUUUCGUGACGCAGACGUUCUGCUGCUGCCCACACCCCUGCGCUGCCCGUCCACACGGGAAUCAUAAGCUUGACUCUUUUCUCCCCCCUCCCCCCCACUUUCCCUUUUGUUUUUUCAAGACAGGGUUUCUCUGUGUAGCCCGGGCUGACCUAGAACUUGCUCUGCAGACCAGGCUGGCCUCGAACUCUUCUUCCCAAGUGCUGGGAGUAAAGAUGUGCACCACCACCCAGCACUUGACUUUAUUGUAAAUGUGUGUGGGAUGUUUUGCCUGCACGCAUGUCUGGGCACCACAUAUAUGCCUCCUGCCUGCAGAGGCCAGUAGAGGUCAUCAGAUACUCUGGAAUUGGAGUCUCAGCGGGUUGUGAGUGGCCGCAUGGGUGCUGGGAACUGAACCCAGUCAUCUGGAAGAGUAGCCAGUCCACUAAGCCAUCUCUCCAGGACUAAGAUUGUUUUCAAUCUAAUUGUUACUUAAAAAUUGGCAUAUAUUAUUUACGCAGUGAUAGGUUUUGCUCUAUUUUCUUCCAAGUGUAUCACACGUUUUGUCCAUGCUCAUCCCCUUCUUCUGUUAGCAUCCUGUUGGUUGCUAGUCUCCGUUCUCUCCCCAGACAAUCCCGUUACGGUUUCAUGCUGUAUGUAUUAGUUAUCUUUCUUGUCUUUGUCGAUAGGAUGCUGACAGAAACAUGAAGGAUUGGAAGGUUUAGUCUUGCUCAAGUUUCAGUCUAUUACGGUGGGGAAGGCAACACGGCGCUCAAGGGCGUACACGCAGUGGAGGCUCCACAUCUGAACGAAUCAGUCAGCAGUGGGCUGAAGCCAGAGCCAGGUGCAGAUUCCAUCUUCCAAGCCCAGACUUCUGUAAGCUGGGCCUCACGUCCACAAGACUCCAUGGCUUUAGAAAAUACUGCGACCAGCGGGGUACCAAGUGUCCAAAUAUAUGGACCUUAGUGGACAAUGUACAUUUAAACCCAAAUAGAUGAAUGAUAGAUAGAUAGAUAGAUAGAUAGAUAGAUAGGCAGGCAGGCAGACAGGCAGACAAUGGUUAGUAGAUGAUAUGUAGAUAGAUGAUAGGUAGAAGACAGGCAGAUAGAUGAUAGAAAAUAGACAUAGAUGAUAAUGAUAGGAAGGUAGAUGAUAGAAGAUAGAUGAUAUAUAGAAGGUAAGUGGUAGAUAUAAGAUAGAUAGAGGACAGACAGACAGACAGACAGAUGAUAUAGAAAAAAUGGACAGACAAAUUGGCAGAGAUGCUGUUCCACUCUACUUUGCCUUUUGGGAUGCACGCCUGAGCAAAAGCAUAAAGAAGAAUCUGCCAUAAGAGGAAACACCGAUAAUAACAUCUUUGCAAAUUUUCACUUCCAUGUGAACAUAAAACGGGACUGAACCCGUAUUUGUGAUGCACAUAUCCUGCCUAUCACUGCUGAUUAAUCUAUGCUUUUUGGUUUGGCUUUUUUUUUUUUUUUUUGAGACAGUGUGGUGGUUUGAAUGAAAAUGGAGUGGCAUUAUUGGAGCAAGUCUGUCACUGAGGGAGGGCUUUGCGGCCCAGUGUCAGCCUCUCUUCCUGCUCCCUGCCUAGCCAGCUGUAGAACUCUCAGGUUUUCUCCAGCACCAUGUCUGCCUACCUGUCUACCACAUGUGUCCUGCCAUGAUGAUCAUGGACUGAACCCCUGACCUGUAAGCCAGUCCUAAUUAAAGGUUUUCCUUUAUAAGA